AUGUCUCAGCCCUAUGCAGAUUUUGGAAUGGUGGAAGUGAAAUGCCCCUUGACUUUAGAGAGAGAAUGGAUUGACCCAUUCAAUUAUUACAAGCCAGGAGAUCAUCUCAUCAGUGCGGUCAUUUCUGCUACAAGAGCUUUAUUUCAUUCAUACGUCUUCAAUAUGUCUCCCUCGACCAGCUUCAGACUUAAAGCAGCCACAAAGUACUGGAAACUUCUGUCCCUCUUGUUUGCCAUUGAGGAGAUCAAUCGGAAUUCCAGGCUCUUACCCAACACCACUCUGGGCUAUAAUAUCCAUGAUAACUUUUUCCAUGGAAGGGUGACGUACGAAGCCUUGGUAGACCAACUCUCUUCUAGGCAGGUGAAUGUUCCAAACUACAACUGCGGAGGACAGAAUAACUUGGUUGCUGUUCUUGAAGGGGCUGAGUCUCACAACUCCAUUCAGAUUUCCAGGAUUCUGAGUAUCUAUAACAUCCCACAGGUCAGUUAUGCAUUUGUCUCCCAAGUUCUCAGUGAUAAGAGUCAGUUCCCUUUUUUCUAUCGAAUGGUCCCCAAAGAAGAAGCCCAAUAUUCAGGGAUUGUCAAGCUGCUCCAACACUUCAGAUGGACGUUUGUUGGUCUCUUUGCUCCAGACACCGACAACGGAGAGAGAUUCUUAAAGAUGUUGCUGCCUCUACUCACUGAGAAUGGCGUUUGUGUUCCCAUCGCACAGAGCAUCCCCCUAGUUGACAAUCAACCUGUGAAUAUCAGUUUCCUACCAUUCCAAAAGUGGAGACAAGUCAAUGUAUUUCUUUACUAUGUAGAAACUAAUUAUUUAUCCCUGGGAAUCAUAAUUAUAGAAAAAACAUUCAACCUCUUAAAACCCAAGACAGGGAAAGUCUUGAUCACAACGGCUAUGUGGGACAUCUCCUUGGAGUUAAAUUACAGUGGCUUAUCUUUCCAACACAUCCACGGCUUUCUUUCUUUCUUUUUGGAGACAAAUAAACGGGCAAAAUACGGUGGUUUUCUACCCUUCCUCUCUGGUAUUAAAAAGUUUUGGGAGGAAGCUUUUGAUUGCUCCUAUUCAAAGCAUGCAUUCUCAGUGAAAGGCUGGACAAGAUGCAGAGAGAGGGAGAAACUGGAGAUGCUUCCCCAAGACGAUCUGGAAAGGAUCCUCUCUCUAGACAGCUACAGGAUCUACAACACUGUCCAAGCUGUGGCUCGUGCCUUAAAUGCUGCAUAUUCAUCUAGAUAUAAACAGACGGCAAAGUACAAACUGGGAGUUCAAAGGCUACUGGCAUGGCAGCUCCACCCUUUCUUGGGAAACUCCCAGUUUUACAAUUCUUCCAUGGAUGGAGUAUAUUUGGAUGAGAAUGGGGAACUGGCAGCUGACUUGGACAUUGUGAACUGGGUGAAGUUUCCCAACAAGUCCAUCCUUAGAGUGAAAUUGGGGAGUAUCAACAGACAGGGAUCCCAAGAUCUACAGUUCUCCACCGACCAGGAUGCCGGUGCUUGGCCCAAAGGGCUCAAACAGACCCUGCCUCCUUCCAGGUGCACAGAAAGCUGCAGCCCUGGAUCUGCCAAGGUGGUUCAAGAAGCAAAGCCACUCUGCUGCUAUGACUGCCUUCUCUGUGCGGAAGGGACCAUCUCCACUCACGAAGAUGCGGAGCAUUGCUCAAGGUGUGCUGAAGAUCAUCAUCCAAACCAGGACCAAGAUCAAUGUGUACCCAAGAUUAUCACCUUCUUGGCUUAUGGAGAACAACUGGGAAUCCUCCUAGCUUCCUUUGCCUUCUUCUUAACUUUAACCGCAGGUUUAGUGCUGGGAAUCGUUGUUAACUAUAAAGACACUCCCAUAGUCAAAGCCAACAACUGGGACCUCUCCUGCAUCCUCCUCGUCUCCCUCCUGCUUUCCUUUUUGUCCUCCUUCCUGUUCAUUGGAAGGCCAAAGAAAGUGACCUGCCUUCUGCGACAAACGGCCUUCAGCAUCAUUUUCUCAGUGGCCAUUUCUUCUGUGUUGGCAAAAACCAUCACUGUGGUGCUGGCCUUCCUGGCCACAAAGCCAGGGAAUAGGGUGAGGAGAUGGCUGGGGAAGUGUCUGGCAAACACCAUUGUCAUUUUCUGUUCCACUGUCCAAGUGGUCAUCUGCAGCAUCUGGCUGGGGAUCUCUCCUCCAUUCCAGGACUUUGACACAAGCUCCCAGGUUAAAGAGAUCAUCCUGCAGUGCAAUGAAGGGUCUGUGGCCAUGUUUUAUGGUUCCCUCAGCUACAUGGGCUUCCUGGCUGCCAUCUGCUUCACAGUGGCUUUCCUAGCCAGGAAUCUGCCUGGGGCCUUCAAUGAAGCCAAGCUGAUCACCUUCAGCAUGCUGGUCUUCUGCAGUGUUUGGGUGUCCUUUGUUCCCACCUACCUAAGCACCAAGGGGAAAUAUAUGGUAGCGGUGCAAGUCUUCUCUAUGCUGGCCUCCAGUGCUGGGCUCCUGGGCUGCAUCUUCAUUCCCAAAUGCUACAUUAUUAUAUUGAGGCCAGAUCUAAAUACAAAGGCAUAUUUAUCCACAAAAACUAAAUUAGAAAACUGA